AGAAGCCAUUUCACUGUCGCUUCUGCCCAAAGGCUUGCGCAGAUGAGUCCAAUCUGAGGAAGCACGAGGCAACACACAUACGGCGGGCUCCUCGUGAUGUGUCCCCGAGCGCACUGUAGGUACUGUCAAUGUGACUUCAUCACCAUACCGCUGAAGUUGGAGCUUCCCCCUCAAGAAGACCUGAGCUCAACAAGGGAUCAACUGCAGGCUUCCGACUGCAGCGGCAGUGCAACUUCCCACACGAACAAGAGAAAGCGCAAGAAACCGCGUAAAUACCCGUCCAAGUGCAGCUACUGCAACAAAGUGUUUGAUCACAAAAGCAGUAUGGACAAACACCUACGUACCCACACUGGCGAGAGACCAUUCUCCUGCCAGCUCUGUCCCAUGAAAUUUACGCAGAAACAUAGCGCUGUGCGCCAUAUGCGAACACACACAGGCGAGAGGCCAUUUCAGUGUUGUUUCUGUCCAAUGGCUUUCAACAGCAAGUGGGAUCAGAAGAAACAUGAGGGGAUACACACACGGCGAGCUCCUCAGAUUGUGUCCCUUAAAGAAGGAUUUCCUGAUGCCAUAGUGUCCGACAAUGGGCCCCAGUUUGUUUCUGCAGAAUUUCAGAACUUCCUGAAGGAAAGAGGCAUUAAGCAUUUCUUGUCUUCUCUUUACUACCCACAGGCAAAUGGCCAGCAACUUCCCCAUGGUGUAAAAGCUCCCGAAAGGGAGGCGCUCGGCCAUACAGAUGGAACCAUUCGUCUGAGCCAGUUCGAAAUGUCGCAGGAAGAACUGCGUGACUUCAUUGCCUUACCACUCCAGCUGGAGCCAUGCCCUCAACAAGGUUUGAGUGAGGGAAGGCAUCUGCUGCAGCAUCCCAUGAACAGUGACACUCCAGCUUCCCACACGACUGAAAGAAGAAACAAGCAUCCACACAAGUGCAGCUACUGUGGCAAGGCAUUCAAGCAGAAGUCUGGCCUGCACAAGCACCUGCGUGUCCAUACUGGCGAGAGACCAUUCUGCUGCCACCUCUGUCCCAUGACUUUCACACAGAGAGAGGCCGUUGUGCGCCAUGUGCGAACACACACAGGCGAGAGGCCAUUUCACUGUCCCUUCUGCCUAAAGUCAUACAGAGACUCUACGAAUCUGAGAAGGCACAAGGCAACACAUGCAUGGCAGUUCACUUCUAAUGUUUCAUUCAGCGCGGGGUCUUCUUAACACAGCUCGUGCAGUGAGCAAUAGAGAAGUUCGUGCAGUGUCUUUCAUUAAUUUGACCUUCGUGGGACUGACGAAACCAAGCAAUUAUCUGGAGGAUUGAAAUAAAGAAGAGGCAGUAAAAAACUACCAGA